GCUACUGGUUCAGCCUUUAAAUAGAGUCAUUUGACACAUUCAACCAGGGGCUUGUGGCAAAAAGCAGCUGCUGACCCAAACUCAGGCUUUAAGGCGAGCUGGUGUGUCUGCAUCACACUGUUUUAGACAGCAUGAAGACGCUCUUUUUCACCUGUAUGCUGGUGCCAUGGCUGGUGGCAGCCUCAGCCAGGACUUUCGACCACGACUCACAGCUGAUACCAGGAUCUCUAGCUGGCAGUCAACUGAAUGGAUACUUCAGUGACUAUUUAAAAUCAAGGAGGGCUAGGAGGGCGCUGCCUCCUGCUGAUGAACCUGAUGACAACCCAAUUACAGCUGGAGCAGAUGCCGCUGACCUUCCCACCUGUCUGCUGUGUGUGUGUCUGACUGGCUCGGUGUACUGUGAGGAGGUCAGUCCAGACAUGACCUCCAUUCCCACACUGCCUAAAGAAACAGCCUAUCUGUAUGCACGCUUCAACAAAAUCAGAAAGAUCAAAACCAAAGACUUUGCUGAAAUUGUGACUCUAAAGAGGAUCGACCUGACAGGGAACUUGAUCUCCGAGAUUGAAGAUGGAGCCUUCUCCAAGCUAACCCUGCUGGAGGAAUUGUCUCUGGCUGAGAAUCAGCUGGUCAAACUUCCUGCACUCCCUGCCAAACUCACAUCUUUCAACGCCAACUACAACAAGCUCAAAACCAAGGGAGUGAAGGCUAAUGCUUUUAAGAAACUCACCAAGCUGGUUAACCUGUUCCUGGCCGACAACAUGCUGGAGGCUGUUCCAUACAUCCCAGAGAGUGUUCGGAUCUUACAUCUUCAGAACAACAACAUCACUGAGGUCAAUGUGGACACCUUCUGCAGGUCCAAUGACACCUAUUACCUACGACCAAGUCUUAAUGAGGUCCGCCUUGAUGGCAACCCAGUGGUGCUGUCAAAGUACCCCGACAACUUCACCUGUAUGAAAGUACUGCCUGUUGGAAAGUACCGUUGAGGAGACUGAAAUUUAACUGCACUCCCUUUGUUGCUGAUGGAAGUUUUCCCACAACAAAGAGCUGGGAGACACCAUGGUAUUCUGGAUUUUGUGGAGCUGGUCCCACAGAUGUCAACGUUUUUACUUCGGCAAACCUACAAUCAGCAUGUAUCAGGUCAAAAUCAAACCUCUGACUGGACUGAAGGUGUUCAUUAACUCAUCUAAAGGCCUUUUACUGACUGGUGGGCAGUAAAGGGAAUUUCAUCAGUGUAAUUAAUCUCAAUAUGCUUCAAACAACCAGUUUGUCUAACCACAUUUAAAAUUAGUGUUUCUACCUGUAAUCGAAAUAACAGCGUCAAAGCUGGCUGUCAUGUAUACUUGGCUUAAUCCCUUAUGUCUUUAAAAUAACUGUAAUGUGGUGUAUUACUCCUGGUGCACCGAAUCAUUUCACACUUCCACACACAUAACCUUUGAAGUAGCAGUAUUUGUUAGAUUGUUGCAAUUUCUAAGGCUUAAAUCCCACAAGUACUUUCCCUGGUAGCCUUAAAGCACCCUUUUCACAGGUAAUAAAAUGCUAAUACAACUAAUAUAAUCCUAUAAAUGAGUGCAGCAGUGUUAACAGUUCUAAACUGACAGUCCAAGUUGUUGUUUCAUUUUGACCUGCUGAUUUACUACAUGGAUGAACCAAUCUUAACAACAACAAAAAAAUCCCAAAACGAACAAAACUACUUGUGACCUUGGAACAACAGAAACACCUGCUGUCACAAACGAAGAGGCUUUCUUGCAGCCCAGUGUUAUUUACUGUAAGCAUCUUCAUUUUUGCUGUUUUUGCUCAUCUAAACAACUGACUUCUAGUAGUGCAAAAUCUGACAUUUCGAAGUUUUACCUAAAAUUAGCAACAAAAUACUACAUCAAGAACAAUAGAUCUAAAUGAAUGGACCCAAGGCAGAUUUUUCAGAUUUACCUCUGAGUAUAGGGCACUCAAUAUAUGACUGAAGUGCAGUUUAAUUGAUGCAUUAGUGAUUAUAAUAAUGCCUUAUUUUUAAAGUUUCACAUUCAGUUCAUUCACAAUUAAACUGUCACAGCUGAAUGAAAAUUGUGGUACAAAAAGUAUAUUUAGACAUUUUUAGUAAAGCCAAAUCUAGACAUUAUUGUGCUGAUGACUGACAUAUAAUUCAUGCUGUCUGGUCUGUAUGUUUAAUCUAGGACUUUGGCACGUUCCUGUAUGGGAAGAUCCAUAUUUAUCACAAACUGACCCUUCAUGCAACCCAUGUGUUUUCUAGUGAGCCGUUCCUAUCUUUACUUGUUUUUAAGAGAGUCAUUACUUUACAUUUUAAAGUUCUGAUGACAGAAGGAGGGAAGAAGCAGGAUUGAAGUAAUUUUAGUUAUACAAAAGGAAUACUUGAUAUCUGCAUGCUGAUCUAUAGUGUUAUCUUCAAUAGAACAUAUCCAAAAAAAACCAACAACAACAACAACAAAAAUCCUAACUGGCCACAAAUCUGUGAUCAUUGUUAACAUUCCUCUUUACGUUAACUGUAUGUAGCUUUAAGAUAUAUUUUUUUUCUUUGCUGAUUAAAAACUACAUUUCUUGAAAUACAAGAAUAUUGUGUAAAUACGUUAACUAAGUGAAAAGUGUGUUUUGUUCUGCUAUUGUGUGGAUUAAUUGCACUUUUCAUUAUUCCAUUAGACUUAAGUAUUUUGUGACUUACCUUUGUUUUCUUAAUUUAUAGACUCCAGCAGAAAUGAACUGGGGAACAAUGUAUCUAUGAAUUAUAGUAAUGUGAAAGUUACUCCUCUUGCUUCUAUACUGUCUUACGUUUGUUCCCACCUCUUCCCUACCAUUAAUUAAAAUUAAUUUAGAGAUUAUUACUGAUGUGAAUAAGACAGUGGUGUACAGGAAUAUGUUACAUGGCUAUGUUUGAAGAUAUUCUAAUAAAGUUAAACUUUUUUUUAAUAUAA